AUGCCGGAAUGUAUUCAGAGUAAUUAUAUUCUCUGCCAGUAUGAUUACGCCUUACAAGAUGUGCGCCUUGUAACACCAGACAAUUCGGGGAUGAGGUAUGGGUCAGACUUGAGACUCAGCGGUUCUUACAGUGCCAUAUACGGCGGAGAGCCUGGGGAUGCCUACCUUGCCCUGACUGGAGGGGUGGCCGAGAGGGUGGAUUUUCAGAAGCAGAAACCCGAAGAUCUGGAUAUAUUCAUAAACAUCAGAAACAGCCUGAGAAAAGGCGGAUUUGUCUCAUGCUUUCUUUCAUACAAAUAUAACAAACACCAAGGAUUGGUAGGCAACCAGUAUUACACAGUAAAUGACGCAGGAGUGGUUUUCGGAAGAGACAAUUUGAGAGAAGUUCCUUUGUUGAAGGUUGGGAAUCUUUGGGUACAUCCCCGAUGGACAGGAGCGUGGAGUGCCCGGAGUAAAGAAUGGAAUUAUGUGGAACAGGUAUUGAAGGAACCCGAUGGCAGGAAGGGCGAGUUCUGGGUGUGUCUCAGAGACUUCCUGACCUACUUCUCGCACAUAACAAUCUGCGCCGUCACUCCAGAUAACUUGGAUAUCACUAUUGAUCCCUUAAAAUACGUUACGAAUAUCAACGGGGAAUGGCUUGGUAAAAAAUCUGGCGGCUUCCAUAACAGAAUGAAGAACCCUCGUUUUCAGUUCACUGUACCAGAAGAUACGACAGGUAACUGUCUAUACGGUGAAAUUCCAUUGGUCGUACAGAUUAUUCAGCGAACGCGACACCAGAAAAACGAUCGAUUCAUUAUUACAUGCGACUUGUACAAGGUAAUAGGAAAAAUACCUGAAGCUAUUACUGUGGAACAUUUGGGAGACGAAACGACAGUGUACGUAAAUGCAGUUCAGAUGACGUUUCGUUAUCAGAUCGAUCCGGGCGAAUACGUGGUCAUACCGUCAACCAAACAUGAGAAACAAGAAAAAGAAUUUCUGCUUCGAAUUUUCACACCUUACGCUUUAAAGGACAUUAAAGAGAUGGGCGACGACAUUCAAUUCAGAUCGUGUGCUCAAGUGAAAUAUCUCGACUACAAACUGACCAAACUUCAACUCCCUUACAUCAAGUGUCUGUUUGGGAAUUGGGUUGUCGGGGUGAAUGAUGGAGGCAGGAUUUUCUACCAAAACUCGUUUCCUAUCAACCCGCAGUUUUCAAUCAGCAUCAGAGACAGAGAUCGGCCAGUCGUGUUUCAUUUGCUGCAAGAUCCAUGUGCCGGGUACACUCAUGCUGUAGGAAUCAGGCUGUUUCCACUGAAAGGGAAGGCACCGAUUGGCUUAACCUACGUGCAUCGAUACCACGAAGAAUGUGUGAAGACGAUAGAUGGUGUGACGUCACGAUGUAUGGUGUCCAAUGACGUCGACGCCAAAUACGUGCUGCGCCCUGGUAACUACGUGGCUGUGAUUUUCAUGGAGAAGCCGGGCCUGGAGUCAUCAUAUUCGCUAGUCGUCAGGUCCAAUACAGACAUCGACGUUAGGGACUAUCAAGCAUAUGCAUGAAAAUCUUACCAAAACCAGUGACAAGAAGCUAAAAAAAGUAUAUCAGUCCAACAGAAACAAACUCAUUUACAAGUACUUGAAACAGUGACUGUGGAAAUGUAAUUAUUUAACAUCAAUUAUGGAACAAAUUCAUUAUUACCAGUGGCGGAUCCAGAAAAUCCAUUUGGGGGGGGGGGGCAGUGACACGAAGUGGAAUGCCAAGGGAACUUUGGGGGAGGUUUGGAG